GUUGUUGUGUGCGUCGCUUAGUGGCAAAUUUUUGUUAAUUACCUUAACGUUCAUUUAAUUACUAACUCAUCUACCAAGUGUGGCAGCUGUUUUAAAAAAAAUGUGCGCGUGUCAUUGCAACUCAGCCACCCACAUUUAAGCAUUGCUCUGCUCAAAUCAAGGGGAUCAAUUUCAGCCGCAGCAGCAGCAGAAGCAACAGCUGAAAGAAGCCAAAUAUUUCGCUGCGCGAUUUGUGUAAAUAGCCAACGGUGCAAAUACUGCAGUAGCGUGCGCGUGUGUGAGUGCGUGUGUGUGUCUAGCAAUGCGCGCCACAAUUGAGUUCGAGGAAUGCCUAAAGGAUUCGCCAAGAUUCAGACAAUUCAUAUCGAAGGAGGAGGCGGACAUCGAGCACUUGGAGCAGAAGCUCGAGAAAAUUAUCAAGCUAUGCAAUGUGGCUGUCGACUCGGGCAAGGAGUAUGUCAAGAACCAGAGCGCCUUUGCCAUGUCCCUGUGGGAUCUGCAGCAGCAUUUUCUCGACAAUAAAAAUGCGCACAAUGCGCUGGGCAAGCUGAUUCAUUGCUUUCAGGAAAUGAAUAAGUUUCACACGAUACUGUUAGAUCAGGCAAGUCGAACGGUGCUGAAAAAUCUCAAUGUGUUUGUCAAGGACGACAUUAACCAGGUCAAGGACUACAAAGGACACUUCUUGAAAGUCUCGGAGGGCUAUGACAAUGCGCUCAUUAAAAACGCACAGGCGAGCAAAAAUCGACCACAGGAAGUUCAGGAGGCAGCCAACAUACUCUCCGCCUCCAAGUCUUGCUUUCAGCACACGGCUCUGGACUACGUGAACUAUAUAACGCUGGUGCAGGCUCGCAAGGUGCCUUCCAUACUAUCGACGUUGCUGGACUAUUAUCAGGCGUGCGUGACCUACUACCAUCAGGGCUUCGAUUUGUGCAACGACUUUGACGAGUUCUUCAAGAAUAUCAGCGAGGAUUUGAACGCGCUCCGCGGCGACUAUCAGCAGCUGGAGAAGGUCAUGCAGAAUCGACACAUGAGCGUGAAUCGGUAUUGCGAUUCGAAUACGAACAGCUCCUCGCACAAUGUCGAGGGUUAUCUGUUUAAGAAGAAAUCGAAGGGAUUCAAGACCUGGUGUAGACGCUGGUUCUACCUCAGCGACAAUCAGCUGGUCUAUAGUGAUUUGGAUUCGCAUUCCAGAAAACGCAGCAACGAGGACUCGUUUUCGGUCAUGGAGGAGGAUCUGCGCAUCUGUACCGUGCGGCCGGUCAAUGAAGGUGAUCGCCGCUUCUGCUUCGAGGUCAUCUCGCCAACCAAAUCUCACACACUCCAAGCGGACUCCGCGGACAUGCUCUCGUUGUGGAUCUCGGCUCUGCAGCAUAGCAUUGGCGCGGCCAUCCAGCAUGCGUCCACGCAUCACUCACGCCCGCAGUCAACGAAUGCCCCGAACGCGUUGCCUGCGAAGCGAAGAAUACACUGGGAGGAGUUUCUAAAAAUACCGGGAAAUGCACAGUGCUGUGACUGUCGCGGCUCAAAUCCGCGCUGGGCAUCCAUCAACUUGGGCAUAACACUCUGCAUCGAGUGCUCCGGAGUGCAUCGCAGCCUUGGCGUGCAUUAUAGCAAGGUGCGCUCCCUGACCCUAGACGCAUGGGAAACGGAGAAUGUCAAGGUGAUGAUGGAAUUGGGCAACGAGGUCGUCAAUCGUAUCUAUGAGGCGCGCAUCCCCGAAGACUGUGAGCUAAGGAAGCCCACGGAGCAAUGUGAGAUAGGAGUGCGCGAGGCCUGGAUCAAGGCAAAGUAUGUAGAGCGGCGUUUUGUGUGCGGCAUGCCGAAGCCACAGGAUCUAAUGGCUAGCGAAACUGCCGAGGUGCUAAGCAUAGAAAGCGGCGAAGCAGCCGACGAUGGCGGUGUCGAAGCUGGAAGAAGCAUUGGUGGAGGAGUUACUGGUAAGCGGGCGACUCUCUCCCUGGGUGGCACACGCAAGUGGACGGUGAAGAAGUUGCGGCGGCGACGCCAGCAGAGGCCGUUGACCAAGACAUUUAGCGAUGAUCCUAGCAUAUACAACACAGCAAAAACUGGAGACGAACUGGACGAUGAUGAUGACGAGUCAAUAAACAUUCCAUCAAUGUCGUUGAGCAUAUCGCGGGAUGAUUUGUUAGUAAUUGGCGAUGACUUGGCAUUGGACAGGUACGAAACUCCCGGCAUUUUGGGCAGCGACCAGGAGAGCACUGAAGGCGAAUCCGACACAGAGAUGCCAGAGGAAAUACCCUUCACUCAAUUGGAUGCCAAUCUGCUGCUCUACAAAGCAGCCGCCGUGCAUAAUCUUCCCGUGAUGUGUAUGGCCUUCGCUUUGGGCGCGUCCAAGCACUGGAAGAAUGCAGAGGAUCGACAGCGCUCCUUUUUGCACCAGGCUGUGCUGUCUGGCUCUGUGAUGGCCUGCGAGUAUCUGCUGCUUAAUGGAGCUGCCAUUGAUGCAGUCGACGAGAUGGGCUACAGCGCUCUGCAUAUAUCGACGGCCAAAGGACACAUUGCGCAGGUGUAUUUACUGCUGAAGCACAAGGCCGCCUACGAUCUGGCCUCCAGUGAUGGCAAAAAGGCACUGGAUAUCGCCGUUGAACAGAAGAAUGCGGACAUCGUGACGCUUCUGCGCCUGACUCGCCUAAAUGACGAAAUCGGUCUGAACGACGAGUAUAACGGCGAGGAUGAAACGUACAAGGAUGUGAUGAAGGACUUCUCCAACUUUGCUGCCAGUCAGCCGCGCAUGCUGCGCCAGCGCAACGAUUCGAAUACCCUAGAAUCACAGCGCAGCUCUCUAACCAACUCUGACUAGCAGUGGCAGUAGGCCACCUUGGCCCAGCCGACGAGUUACCCGUCGCGCAGUAGAUAUUCCAAUGCUUAGUUGCCCAUAACGUAUUUAGCUUGUUGCCAACUCCUGCUAUGCUAAACUGCAAAACGUUCUUCAUAUUUGUGUGCUGGCAUUCUCUGGGGCACCGCCAACUCGAAACGGAUUUAAUAAGCAAUCUCAUUUAAAGGCGCUCUCGACUCUGAUCUGAUUCAUUGCAUUGCAUGGCAUGUGAGUUGCGUAUUGGUUUGAUGCUUUGUUGACGUUAAAUUUAUUAGCUUAGGUCGAUAGUUAAGUGCACGUCGCGUGUAAUCCGUAUUUAUAUAAAUGUUUAUUGUUUACAAAUGUUUAAUUAUA